CAAACCCUGAAUGAGAGCGACAACAUCUCAUGUCUUUGUUCAUUAGACUGUCAGAGGAGAACAUCACCGAUCAUACAAGUGAGAAUGAUGCAGAGAACUGCCCUGCUAUUGUUCUGCUGCCUGUUACUUUCAGCAACAUGUUCCCCAGUCUAUCCACUGAGGUUCGGUCAGAGAGCGGCUGCAAUACUGAUGACCUCCUCUAUUGAGGAUCCAAUGCAGUUGCCAGCAGACACUUCAUCCCAAACACCAGACACUGAGUUUAGGUCAUUCAUUCAUUCAUUCUUUUUGUUCUCUCUCUCUCUCUCUCUCUCUGUCAACAGACCAGAAACUCAAAACUUUGUGAAACGCCAGUCUGGCAUAUAUGGAGACACCUUCAAGCAAGAUGUGGAUAUGGAUGUAAUUGAGAGGGAACAAAGUUACAGAGAACCACAAAGACUUAAGUUCUCAGUAGUUACACAAUGAUUAUAGAUUAAAAUUAAAACUGUGAACAGUCUUUAUACUUGCAUUUGUCACAUUUCACACUGGAUUAUUAAAUUUCAGU